ACAACCAGCUGUCUGUAAUUAGUAAAUCAAGCCUGGGCGAGGCUUUGGACACUCAGAGUGGCUGCAGAAAGAAGUCAAGAGUGGCUAGCGGCUCACUGUGGGUAAUUGCAUUGCCGUAACUGCAGGGAUGCGUGUGCCACUGGUGGUUCUUCUCAGCACGGUCAUGCUUCACUCCGUGUCGGCUGGAGGUGUGUAUUGUGCUAAAACAGCGAGAGCCCGUGCUGCAGCCCUGGGUUUGGCAUAUCCUGGACUUCAUGGAGCCCCUGAUUUGCAUGGACCAGCUCACAAUGGGCUGCACCCCAGACCUCACCCAUACAAACACGCUGGUCCUGAACCAGCUGGGUUUGGUCCUGACAUGAGCUACUACAAUCAACGCUAUCCAGGAGUGAAGCAGUCGCACAGUGAGCACAAACAAGCUCAGCCCUGGAACUCUGAAUCCCCAUUUCAUCAGAACCGUGACACAUACAGCCCAGUUCAAAGCGAAUAUGCCGCCGGACCCAGAGGGCUGCCGGUUAGUAACCUUGGGUCCGAUUCUGAGCAGGUCCAGCAUGUUGACCCACGAGCAUGGGCCCCAAGCUCCGGCCAGCCUGCGCCUAUGAACGGACAACCUCAAGGUCACACCGAGCCGCUUCCGUUUGUCUACGGUGUCCCAAAUAGACGUGCCCCGGUUCUGACCGCACUCCCCCUGACCCACGGUGUUUACCAGAGGGGUCCGGCUCGCCAUGACUUCGGAGGAGACGAUCCCGUUCUUGGUUCCUAUCCUUUCCCCAUCCAACCCUACGCUGCCGUGGCUGGAACGCCUCCUUUGUUUCCUGGAUGGUGGAGGGUUUGGUUUCCUCCCCAGCCGGUUCCGAUGCUGCACAGGAACCCUGAUGUCGGACCAGUAAACCCUUUCUUUAGACCUGUAAUAAACCGGCACCAGUAAGAAAACGUCCACCAAUUUAGGAGAUGUGACUCAGAGCUCUGCUGCUUUUGUAGAGUGUAAAGUUAACAGCCAGUCAUUGUGAUGGGGAACAGUGUGGUUUCCUUUGACCUCCACUGAAUGUCCAUCUUAUCGGUGUACCAGCGCCUGUGAUGCUGUUUUCUCCCCUGUAGUUAUGAAAACUACGGCUGAAUAAAAAAAAUCUACCAAUGCUUCUAA